AGCGGUAGCUGCCCGUACGCAGUUGGACAAACACUUUUACGCAAAGCCCAGCAGAGAGAUAGCUGCCCGAAUAAUGGGCCGCGUAGCGAAGCGGAGCCGCGCAGAGGCGCCACCGUCGAUGUCGCAGGACCACCCAACGCCCUCCACCCCCCCAGCAGCGAAGAGCCAGCCAGCUCAGAAGCGCUGCAUCACACCUCCGAAGCGUGUGGAAUCGAAAAAGUUUGUGCCAGAGCUGGAUGAUUUGGUCGACACCGACGCGGCGUCUGUGCACAGCGACGAUUCAGUGAGGGUGGAAAACUCUCAGGAGAGAGAGGAUGCCUUGGUGGCGGCUGGAGGGGAGCUGACCGGCGAUGCUUUAAGAGAAUUUCUGCAAGCAAACUUUGUAGACUACAUAGAUGAAAAGCUUUUUGAUAUCGCGAACUUAGAUGCACUCGGUACAUAG